UAAUUUAAUUAGCUUUGCGGUCUUGUCUUUACUUGUAAAUUGGAUAUUUUUUAUUAGCGUUGUGUAUAUAUUUUGAUCAACGUAUAUUAUUAUAAUAAUAUGUUAACGUUGUAAAAGUGCUACAAAGGAAAUAUAAUUUUCAUUCAGCCGCUGCAGCAGCUGGACGUCGACUUUUUUUCAUAGGAGCUUUUUCAAACAUUCUGCGCGAUGGAUCCCAGUAUUCUCGCAGCCAUGGACAAAGAGGCACUGAAAAAGCAGAUUGAAAACAUGAAGUACCAGGCCUCCAUGGAACGCUGGCCGCUAUCGAAAAGCAUUGCAGCGAUGAGAGAAUACGUAGAGGAAAAUGAGAAGAAUGAUCCUCUCAUACAUGCCCCUGACAAGAAAAACAACCCUUGGGCUGAAAAAGGAAAAUGCAUCAUCAUGUAAUCGUAUAACCUAAGUAAAAAAUAAUAUCACCAAAAAAUUCUAAAAGACAUACGUUUUGGCACGAGUAAUUAGCUGGUCUGGUCCAACCAUCGACUUAGUGCUGGUAAUGGGAAAUAAUAAUAAUCAAGAGAAAUCGAAGGUUUCCGAAUGAUAUCGAAUUAAUGCAACUGCCAGACAAUAUGAAGAAACAAAAAAUAGUACCAUAGUAACAAGUCCACCGGACGUACGAAGUACGCCGCGCCAAAACUGUAGAAUCGUAAUCCGACGUUUUCAGUACACGGUUUUUGUUCCCCAAUUAAAUCUAGUCCUCGUAACGCUAAUAUUGUAAAGAAUGUACAUUUAGACUGUGCGCGAAGCAAGUAUGUACUUAUGAAUGUUUUGUUAAAAGAUUUAAAAAAAAUGGUUGUAAAUACGUUAAAUUUUGUAUUUCUAGUAAAGUAACGUUCGGUCGAAUCUAUCGGUAGAGGAUAAAAAUGAAAAGUUAAUGUUGGACAAGUAAAAAUUGUAAAUUUAAACUUUAAAACGUAUGUUCAUACCGACGUAUUUUACUUUCGUGUUAAAUGUGAUUAUAAUUUAAUUAUAAGGGAACUUCUUAUAAAUGGUCAAAAUGAAAGCGAAACGAUUUACGGAAUCCUAGUACUUCCACGCAAAGCAAAGCAACUUCCUCCUAGAAAUUUGCGUGGAUCCGCUUUGGAUUCUGAUUUAAACCGACCGAGGUAUGUUGAACUAGUUUCUACUGCUUCGGUUAGUUUUAGAACUAACAAAAAAAUCUCAAUUCCUUAAAAUAGAACAAAAACUUUGACAUCGCGAUUUAGUUAAUAAAAUACGAUUCUUAAAUGUGAAGAUUCAUUGAGCUCGUGAAUCUUUAUAUUUAAAUUAUUAUGUAAUAUUUAAUAAAGAUAAUUAAAAUAUAGGGUAAUGUCGCACAUCACAACUUAACAUCUAUUUGCUGGAUCACAGAAAUAAGGCAAACUAUCAGGAAUUAUAAUUAGGUAUUGGCAAUAAAGAAAUCGUAGGCGAUGACUUAAAAUGAAAUGUUAAACGUAGCGCAUUGAAAAAUUAAUAUUAAGGUAACUAUCAUGGAUUAAAAGCAACAUAAUCUCGUUCGAAAACUAACGAUAAGUUUAUUUAGGAUAAUUUUUUAUAAACACAGGUACGUUCCGCGGUGCCAUUAUCUUGUAAUGCUUCUAUAAAAUAAAUCUUAGCGUCUUAUCUUCUACGCUCCUCAUUAUAUCUUAUUAUAUAAGUUAAUUAUUUAUAAAUUCAUUCUUUGAAAUCUCCUUUAGUAUUCUAGCUAUUUUAUUUACAUAUAUAUAUAUAUAUAUAUAUAUAUAUAUAUAUAUAUAUAUAUAUAUAUAUAUUUAUUUAUAUAUUUAUUUAUAUAUAUCAUUAUCCCUUCCCUGACAUUUAAAAUUUAGAUAAAUAAAUCUAUUGACUACAAUUUUAAAUCUAGCACUUGGAUAGCUUAGUAAUAAUUCAAAAUUUAAAAUGAACUAAACUUUACUAUUCAUGAAAAUUAUUCACUAAUGCGAACUAUUGUAGUUACCAAAAUAAACUUCUUCUAAAUUAUCUAAGAUUAUUGGAUUUGAAAUGCUAUUAAAAAUCUUCAUGAUUAAAACUUUUAUCUACGCCGUUUCGGAGAUAUUGCAGUUAAUCAUGAAGUAUAAUAGCAAAAUUAAUCUCAUGUAGUGCUAUUAAUCUAUCAUUCCAUUAAAAAGGAUUGCAUUUCUAAUCCUUAUUUUGAUUAAAUAGAAAAUUUAAACUAAAGCACUGUAGUUAUUUAUAGAUUAAAAUUAAACCUAAAAUUUAAACUAAAACUUAUUAAAAAAAAUAUCCCUCUUCCUUACCAUAUCUAGACAUGAACAAUGAGAAAUCAUUCUGGCUGUGAGUACUUCCCAUUUAUUUAGAUGCUUCUCAUUAUCAUUUGUUCGAUCAAAUUUGCUAAUACCGACAAUAAAGUUUAAAUCAUAAAUUAACUUCUUAGACAUCUUGACUUCCAUAACCAGUGCAUAAAAAAUCAUUUCGAUUUCAUAACAUCCUUCCUAAUCUUUACUAUCAACGUUUAUCGCUUCAUCUCUUUUCAACUUAUCUGAAUCAUAUCUUUCAUCUCUCUUAUCAUUUAUAAGUUUCAUUAAAACAGUCCUCUCUUAGACAAGAAUAGUUUUUAAAAUAGGAAAUUAGAGCGUAAUACGUAGUUUUAGCGAUAAAUUAAAAGCAAAAAUCAAUCAAAAAGUUGUUUGUUAACUUAUACGAUAAAAUUUGCAAUUCAGAGAAUUAGCCGUAGUUAUAAUAAAUUAAAAAUGUAACGAGUUUAUUUAAAAUGUUCUAGAUGAUAAAUAUAAGAGAUCCCGUAUGAUAUUACGCGACGCCAAAGUUUUGACUGUUCGAAAAGUUUCUGAACAAAAUCCUCUUCGUUCGGACCAUUUAUAAGAUGACUGCCUAUAUAUUAUUUGUUGAGCGUAUCGUUUUUAAUCUAUAAAUCAUUUUAUUUACUAAGUUUUUUUGUUAACCUUGAUUGUAAACCAAAGAUUUUUUCAUUAAUAUCAAACGAGUGGGACGCUCGUCUGAUUUUUAACUUGGAUAUUAAAUGAAAAUUAAAAUACAUUACAUUUGUUUCAGAUUUUAUCUCCAACAAGGGCUUUCUAUUUAAUAUCCAUGUUUUAUUUAAGCUAAUUAUUAACUUAAUCGGUACUUUUUAACGGAUUAAUCAAAAAAUUAAUAACUAGAUAAGAUGGUAUUGGAAAUGAUUUUUUUAGAAUCAAUAGGUUAAGCUAUUAUAUGUUAUUAUAUUAAUAUGUAAUCAGUAAUCACUGAAAUAAAUCAAAAUCUGUAA